AUGGCGGACGACGUUUUCGGUCCCUCGCUUCAGCAACAGGAGGGCGUCCCCGUUGAAGCACAGGAGACUAUUGUCCAUGAACAAGAGCCCAGCGCGUCUCCAGUAUCUCGAGGCUUGGUAGAGGACGUAUCAAAAGGAAGGUCACAGGAGGAGGAACAGGCUAAGGAUGUUUUGAGUCUCACAGCACCGCUCAAGGAGAAGGCCCAAGACGACAACAUUGAGAGCCCGAUUCUUGGCAGAGAAAUCGGAACGGAGCAAGCGAGCGAGCCUGCCAACAUCACAACACAACAACGCUCACUGAACCGGGGUACCAGGUCACCCAUGACAAACACCAUGGUUAGCGAUAUGGAUGAAGCAGUCGAUCGUGGGUUCGAGGCUGAGGCCCGUCGCGAUCUAUUCGUUGGACGUUCACCAAACAGCCCUGAACGGACCUUCGAGAUGAGCGGUUUCCGGAGUCCGGUGCCGAGCAUCUUGCCGCCCGUUCAGGAGGAGGGUCACGAUGGAAGCGAUAUCGAGCCUCGAUUGCUGUACAGGCCUGCUUCUCGCACAACUACAGGUUCACCUGACCCAACCCGAGACAGCGGGUUUGUACCCAGCUCGCCUCACCCUCUCAGAAGGGGAGGUUUCGACAAUGAGGAGCAACGAGACAGCGGAGUUCAUCUUCGGGAUUGGCAGGAACAAAGAUCACCGGGCCGCGAUGGACAACGGACUCCAGAGUUGAGGGUUCACAAAAGCGAAAGACGACGAUCUAGAGAUCUGGAGAGAGUCAAGUCGCCGGAGAAGACCUCACUGUUCGAAGGAGAGGCUCGCGAUCACCCACUUUCCAGAACACCCGUAUUGCGAGAGCCUGCAGGAAGGGAGUUGACUCCAGAGCCGCAGAAGCACAAACGUGGCAUCAGCCCAGAGCUUGAGAUGCGAAGAAACAAGUACCAGGACCUGGCGUCGGCUGCCUUGGCUGGUGCAGCAAUCAGCAGCACAGUCUCGUCACCACGCAGCACUCCGCCACCAGGUAAUCGCAGCGUUUCCGACAGGCCUAUAGCGCGCAGGUCCAUGUCCAACAGCAGCCUGUCACGGCACCGGCGGGCCACUGGGGCGCUAACGCCAGAACCGCUCAAGUUCCGGCCUGAGAGCCCAGGCAUCCAACGGUCAGGCACCGCCACCCCGCCUCUUCGCCGGGUCGACAGGCGUGUAAGCGGAGACUUGCGAUCCAUCAGCCAACGAAGUCAGCUUGACCUCAACAAGGACCCCAAGGACCCGACCAGCUCCUCCAACACCCCCGUCGCCAACGAAGGUCGUGUCCGUACCAAGGACAUGGCCGACGUCUUCGAUGGAUUCGGUGAAGGCCGCAUCGGCUCUCCCCGAUCGCCUACCCGACCACACAGCAUGCGGCGUCGCCAGAGCAUGCAAGUCCUCGAGCUCGAGUCCCGCGUCGAACAAUUGAUGGCGGAGAACCGCAUGCUCACAGAGACCCGAUCCCAAUCCGAUACCCACAACAGCAACAGAGCCUCUGGCAUUCUAGCAGAGCGCGAUGCCGAAAUCGACGUUCUCAAGCAAUCGCUUGAGUUUCUACAAAAGGAGGUUGCCCGAUUGACAGAGCGUUACCGAUCAUUGGAGACUCAGCACUCUGAUGCCUCCCGGCAAUUGGAGCAAGCGCGCACCGAGCAUAAUCACUUCCAGGAGUCACUUCUCCAAAAGGAUGCCGAGAUUGGCCGCCUACGCUCUGAGCUCGAUGCGGCCAAGGACAAGAUCCGACAGAUGCAGCGCCAGAUCCUGGCAUCCAAGGGCGCUGACAGUGACUUCCUCAAUGUCAAGGAUGUCGACCACUUUGACCACAGAUGUCAGCAGCUUUGCUCUCACGUACAGCAGUGGGUUCUGCGCUUCUCAAAGUUCUCUGACAUGCGCGCCUGCCGUAAGACAAACGAGAUCAAUGACGAAAAGGUCAUUGACCGUCUCGACAACGCCAUCCUCGAUGGCACCGAUGUGGACACUUACCUCGGCGACCGCGUCAGGCGCCGAGAUGUGUUCAUGUCCAUGACGAUGAACAUGAUUUGGGAGUUUGUGUUCACUCGUUACCUCUUUGGCAUGGACCGCGAGCAGCGACAAAAGCUCAAGUCGCUGGAAAAGCUGCUUACCGAGGUCGGCCCUCCCCCGGCCGUCCGACAAUGGCGCGCCGUCACCCUGACGCUGCUCUCUAAGCGCCCCAGCUUCAAGCACCAGCGCGACCUCGACACCGAGGCCGUGGUCCAAGCCAUCUUCCAAACGCUGUCCAGGGUCCUCCCUCCCCCUUCCAACCUGGAGGACCAGAUUCAAUCACAGCUGCGCCGCGUGAUGCGGGAGGCCGUCGACCUCUCCAUCGAGAUGCGUACCCAGCGCGCUGAGUACAUGAUGCUCCCGCCGCUGCAACCAGAGUACGACGCCGACGGCGAGCUCGCCGAGACUGUCACGUUCAACGCGGCGCUCAUGAACGAGCGCAGCGCCGACAAGUCUGCUACCAACGAGGCCCUCGAGGCCCAGAGCGCUGUUGUGCGUAUCGUCUUGUUCCCGCUCGUCGUCAAGAAGGGCGACGACGGCGGUAACAAUGACGACGAGAUUGUUGUGUGUCCUGCCCAGGUGCUGGUGGCUCGGCCCAAGGGCAAGUCCGUUAGGCUGUUUACGCCCGGGAGCGACGCUGGCGGUGCGUCGCUCGGCGGGCAGACGGCGGCCACGCACAGCGAUCUCAGCAUGGGAACUUUCUUGCCCGAUCAAGCCUCCAAUUUGCGGUAA